AAAUGAAAUGGGUCUGAAUUUGUUGUAAUUUAGGCUCUAAAAGUCAGGCCCCAAACUGCUUGAAUAACAUAGUAAUAUGCAUUUUUUAAAAGUAUUUCAUUAAAACUCAAAUAUUUCCAAGCUAAACCCCGGGUAAUUUCAUGGCCUACCAGCUCCUGUGAUUGAAUGUUAUGUUUUAUUUUAUUUUUUUCUUGUUGCUUGUAACUGUAUUAAUAUGUGCAUUUUGAUUAUUUCCUGAACAAAGUGAUGUUGUGUGAGAGCUGCAGGUUCUGUAGAGGCACUGUUGAGGACGACCUGUGAUGGCAGCAGAGAUCCCACUCAGAUUCUCCUCUCAGAUCGAUCAGCCUCACAUGCUUCGCUCUCCUGGAUCACUUUCUGGAACUGGCUCUCGGUAGUUGCUGCUGCUGGUGUCCGGGCCGUCCUCCGCCUGUCCGCCUGCUUGUAUGUGAUCGUUCGUGGACUCGGUUAUUGGUUCCCGAACUUUUUGGACUCCUCCGACUUUCAGACAGCCUACUCGGCUGCUUUGGUUCAGGCAGGAAAGCUAACAGGCUAAGUGCUAGCCUGAACCGGCUCCGUCCUCCUGAUGCCGACGAUGCUGGAGAGGAACUCAGAGGCUCCGGUGAAGAAGAGGGGCCGAGCCCCGGCCAGUAGCGGCAGCGGCUACCCCGGAGGAGCGGCGAACAACGGCAGAAAGAACUUGUCCGGUAAUGAGACCAGCACCAUCAGCUGCUGGGAAGAAGGAAGUUCAGGCUCCAGCAGUGACGAGGACCAUGGUGGAGGAGGGAUGCGCGUCGGACCGCAGUACCAGGCCGUGGUUCCGGACUUUGACCCGGAUGUCGCCAAAGCGGCUCACCUCAGAGACAACCUGGGGAUGCUGGUUUGGAUCCCCAGCAGCUGCCUGAACCAGACUCAGUUGGACGAGUACAUUGUCAUCGCCAAAGAGAAACACGGCUACAACAUGGAACAGGCUCUGGGGAUGCUCUUCUGGCACAAGCACAACAUCGAAAAGUCUCUGGCCGACCUGCCGAACUUCACUCCGUUUCCUGAUGAGUGGACUGUGGAGGACAAGGUCUUGUUUGAACAGGCCUUCAGCUUCCAUGGGAAGAGCUUUCACCGCAUCCAGCAGAUGUUACCUGAUAAGUCCAUGGCCAGUCUGGUGCGUUUUUACUACUCCUGGAAGAAAAGUCGCAGUAAAACCAGCAUGAUGGACCGACAGACCCGGAAACAGAAGCGGGAGCAUGGCGACAGUGAUGAAGAGGUGGAGAAUGGAAACGAAAAUCCUUCCAGCGACUCAGAGAUGGACCUGAAUAAAGACAAGAAGGAGCCGAGUUCUGCAUCCGAGAAGACUGAGGUGAAACCACCGUCUGGUCUAAAGACCGGAGGGAAGACGUCCCAGAGGAUGAAGAAACGUCCUCCCAGAGGAAUGUUCCUCAAACAGCAGGACGUGGUGUCUCUGUCCUCUUCCACUGCUCAGGGACUCACCAGACAGCUGGACAGUCAGCUGGUGUCCAUAAAGAGACAGAUUCAGACCAUCAAGCAGACAAACAGCGCUCUGAAGGAGAAACUCAGCUCAGGAGUGGACGAGUUCAGGCAACCUGAGGCAAAUCAGAAGUUCAAUAAUCGUUGGACCACAGAGGAGCAGCUUCUGGCCGUCCAAGCCAUCAGGAAGUACGGCCGCGACUAUCAGGCCAUUUCAGACGUGAUUGGCAACAAGUCCGUGGUGCAGGUGAAGAACUUUCUGGUGAACUACCGGCGAAGGUUUAACCUGGAUGAGGUCCUGCAGGAGUGGGAGGCAGAGCAUGAAAUGGAGGGUGGAGACGUGAAAGCAGAGGAGGAGAAAAUGAUGGAGGACAACAUGACGGCUUGUGCAGCUGAAGACGAAGAGGCUGCUGGCAAGCAGCAGAAGAAGGAGGACUCGUCUGUUCCGAUGGACUCGGAGUGACCUCAAACCUCCCAAGAAACCAGUCUGACACCUGACCCCCAGUCUCCUGGAGGAUUGUUUUCUUUAGUCGUCUCUCUUCAUUAUUUUGGCCCUCUGUUUUUCAGUUUUGCUUCUGUUUGCGUAUGUCACAAAGUCAUCCCCAUCCUCUAUGGACCAAUCCAUACUCCAGCCACCAAUUACAGUCAGAGGACUUUUUCUUUUUGUUUUGUCACAUAACGUUUUGAAUUGUUUGUAUGUUUGUGUUUUGGGAUCUGAGGUGCAGGAAGAAUUGGAUGAAGGUUGGGUUACGUGGGGCUUGUCAUGUCCUGAUUAGCUCAUUGCGUUUUUUAAGAUUUUACAGCCUUUUUAAAGAAAAAAAAUCCAAUAAAACCAAAGUUUAUUAAGAAAAUUGU